GGCGUUACAGUUUACCUAAGAAGAGAGGGAUUAAGAGAGUUUUUCUGAGAUAUCUGUAUAUAUUGAGUUUCUGAGGUUUUUGUUUUUGAUUUGAUUUGUGUUCGCUUCGGCAAUCUUCUUCUUUAGCAUGUGUUCGAAGAAAACAGACGAUAUCUGCGGAGAUGUUUGUGGACAGGAUGGUUCACGAUCAGCAAAGGUUUUCUCAAGGGUUAGAUGCGCACUACGAGGACUCGAUUUCAAAACCUACAUCUUCUUCUUCACCCUCGUCCCUUUAUUCGUCUUCGGAGUCUACCUCCACGGUCAGAAACUAACCUACUUCCUGAGACCGCUCUGGCAAUCACCACCCAAACCGUUCCAAACGCUCCCCCACUACUACCACCACAACGCCUCCAUGCAAACCCUCUGCAGCCUCCACGGCUGGAGACACCGCGACUCUCCGAGACGAGUCUUCGACGCCGUCCUGUUCAGCAACGAGGUGGACAUGCUCACCAUCCGCUGGAAAGAGCUCUACCCUUACGUCACGCAGUUCGUGAUCCUCGAAUCCAACUCCACCUUCACCGGUCUGCCUAAACCGCUGGUUUUCGCCGCGAACAGAGAGAAGUUUGACUUUGCUGAGCCGAGGCUGAGCUACGGCAACGUGGGAGGGAGGUUCAGGAGAGGAGAGAACCCUUUCGUGGAAGAAGCUUACCAGAGGAUCGCGCUUGAUCAGCUGAUAAGACUCGCCGGGAUCCAAGAGGACGAUCUUCUGAUCAUGUCCGACGUCGACGAGAUCCCCAGCGCUCACACCAUCGACCUCCUUAGGUGGUGCGAUGGAUACCCGCCCGUGCUUCAUCUCCAGCUCAGGAACUACUUGUACUCGUUCGAGUAUUACGUCGACGGCAAGAGCUGGAGGGGUUCUGUUCAUCAGUACAAGCCCGGGAAGACGCGGUACGCUCAUUUCCGACAAGGGGACGUUCUUUUGGCGGACUCUGGUUGGCACUGCAGUUUCUGUUUCAGGCGCAUUAGUGAGUUUGUGUUCAAGAUGAAAGCGUAUAGUCAUACUGACCGUGUUAGGUUCUCUCAUUAUCUGAAUCCGAAACGGAUCCAGGAUGUGAUAUGCAGAGGGACUGAUCUGUUUGAUAUGAUUCCUGAGGAGUAUACGUUCAGGGAAAUCAUCGGGAAGCUAGGUCCGAUACCGAGGUCUUAUUCGGCUGUUCAUCUACCGAAUCAUCUGAUUGAGGAGGCGGAGAGUUAUAAGUACUUGUUACCUGGGAACUGCGUUAGGGAAAGUGGGUGAUAAGGGCUUGCAUGCGCUUAUCAGGCUUUUGUAGUUGGUAGGUAAUGUGGAUUAUUCUCAGUAGAGAGGGAGUGUGGAAACAGAGGAUGGUACAGUUUAUUGAAGAAUGUGGAGUCUCUGGUAUAUAUUACCUUGUCUGAUUAUUAAUACUGACUCAUGUUUCCCAUGUUGUUUUGUGGGAAGUUUUGCUGGGGAUAGUCUCUCCUCUCCUCUUUCUCUUUGCUUCAAAACUCUUUUCAUACUCUCUUUUCUUAUUAGUCUGUACAAUUCACUAGUGA